AUGGCCAUCUCAUCACGCCUCGCGCUGUGGGAGCAGAAGGAAAGUGAUAUUCGGGAAGAGGAUAAGAGCCCUCCACCGUCCUCGCCCCCUGCCCUUUUCUCUGUCAUCCCAGGAGGCUUUAUUAGGCAACUGGUCCGGGAGACUGAGAAGGAAUCCAAGGAAGCAAGACUCAAGAAACAGACAGCACUUGCCUCUCCAGAAAGAGAGGCCCCGGAACUUUCUGCCGUCCAGCCUAACAGCAAGUCCAGCUGUGACAACAAAGCUGGAAGCCACCAGCUCAGCUCUCCCCAGAACUCAAACAUUCCGGAGAGUGAGGGGGUCGUCACCACUGACCCUGCACUGAUGACUGGAGUCCAUGGUGAGAAGCCCCAGGAGCCAGGCCCCACUGAGGCCCCAGCCAAAAAGCCCUUGCCCUUCAAGAGGGGUGUGAGGAGGGGAGACGUGCUGCUGAUGGUGGCCAAGCUGGACUCAGACUCAGCCAAGCCGGAGCAGAAGACCCCGGCCCGUGAUGCCCCCACCUGUGUGACUGCACCCCCGGCCACCGACCCUGGAGGGAAAAAAAAGGGGCCAACCCCAAGGACUGCUCCUGUUCCCCAGGGCAACACUGAGGACCCAGCCCCAAAGGCUGAGAAGACCCAGACUGGGAAUCUCGGGGACCCAGGAACUGGGCUCCCGACUAAAGCCGAGAAGGCUCAAGGCGCGGUGGGGAAAGGGGCCGGGGUCCCCCAGACCAAAGGGCUGAAGGGGAAUGAUCCUCAGGGCAAAGAGGGGCCAGGUGAGGGGGGUCAGCAAGGGAUAGCAGGGAAGGGGGGAGGGGAGGCCCCAAACAAGAUGGCAAAGGGAAAUGUCUCCAAAGAUGCAGGGGGUGAAGGGAAGCGGGUGGGGACCCAAAUCCAGGUGAGGAAGUCAGGAGGGCCUCUGGGCAGAAAGAGCAAGGUAGACAGUUUCCAGACACCGAAGGCCAGAGACUGUAAUCUCCUCAGUCAGGCAGACAAGACAGGUGAGACUCAGGCUCAGUCCGCGGCGGUGGGGGAAGCUCUAAGAGUGAGCCAGAAAGCAGGUGCGCCCCGGGCUGAGACAGGAAAGGAGGGGCAACUCCAGGAAGAGCCCCAAGAGGCAGGUAAGGCUCAGAGUGAGACAGGGAAAGACUGUAAAGUCCCCAAGCAGGUGGAGACAGGAGGGGAGCCCCCUGUGGCAGCUGGGAAGGAGGGCCGGCCUGACAGCAGAGGGCGGGAAGCAGAGGAGGCCUGCACGAGAGUGGACGAUGGGGCCCAGGCCCUGCACAAGGAGCAAGAAGCACCCAGACAGCCCGCUCUGGAGAGCCAGGCUGAGGAGCCUGAGGCCCAGAAGGAGAGCCAAGGGGGGCCGGCCCUGCAGGAGGGGGUCACAGCCCCCCAGAGUGGAGGCCAGAGUGGAGACUCGGACCAGGUUCCCGAGGACAGAUGGUACCAGGCAGAGAAGGUCUGGCUGGUUCAGAAAGAUGGAUUUACUCUUGCUACGGUGCUGAAACCAGAUGAGGGAACAGCCGACCUGCCGGCAGGAAGGGUGCGGCUUUGCAUCGAUGCUGACAAAACUAUCACAGAAGUAGAUGAGGAGCAUGUUCAUCGGGCCAACCCCCCUGAGCUGGACCAGGCUGAGGACUUGGCCUCUCUGGUCAGUGUCAAUGAAUCCAGCGUCCUGAACACUCUCCUGCACCGCUACCGGGCUCAGCUGCCACACACCUACUCGGGACGGGACCUGAUUGUCCUCCAGCCCGCAGGCCCCCUGGAGCCUCCUGCAGGCAAGGUACCCAGGGGCCGCCGGGAUGGCCUGCCUGCCCACGUUGGCUCCCUGGCGCAGAGGGCAUACUGGGCGCUGCUGAGCCAACGGAAGGACCAGAGCAUCGUGGCCCUGGGCCGGAGUGGGGCUGGGAAGACCACCUGCUGCCAGCAGGUCCUGGAGCACCUAGUGCGGAUGGCGGGCAGCGUGGAUGGCAGUGUCUCAGAGGAGAGGAUCCAAGCCGCCUUCACUGUCCUCCGAGCCUUCGGCUCUGUGUCCACCAGCCACAGCCGCUGUGCCACCCGGUUCACCAUGGUGAUGUCACUGGACUUCAGCGCCACAGGCCGAGUCACAGCUGCGCAGCUCCAGACGAUGCUUCUGGAGAAGAGCCGGGUGGCCCGGCAGCCCGAAGGGGAAGGCAACUUCGAGGUCUUCUCCCAGAUGCUGGCAGGACUGGACCUGGAGCUCAGGACCGAGCUGUGCCUGCACCAGAUGGCGGACAGCAGCGCCUUCGGCAUAGGCACGUGGCCUAAGCCUGAAGACAAGCAGAAGGCAGCAGCCGCCUUCACCCAGCUCCAGGGUGCCAUGGAGACGCUGGGCAUUUCGGAGGCCGAGCAGCGAGCCAUUUGGCGGGUGUUGGCCGCCCUCUACCACCUCGGCGCAGCAGGGGCUUGCAAAGUGGGUCGCAAGCAAUUCAUGCGGUUCGAGUGGGCAAACCACGCAGCGGAGGCCCUGGGCUGCGAGUAUGAGGAGCUGAACACGGCCACCUUCAAGCACCACCUUCGACAGAUCAUCGCGCAGGUGACAUCUGGGUCGAGCCGACGGGACCUCGAGGAUGAGGGGCCCAGCUCAGGGCUCAAGAUGACAGGCGUGGAGUGUGUGGAGGGGAUGGCCGCAGGCCUGUACCAAGAGCUCUUUGCUGCUGUGGUCUCGCUCAUCAACAGAUCCUUCUCCUCUCACCACCUCUCCAUGGCCUCUAUCAUGGUGGUGGACUGUCCAGGCUUUCAGAACCCCCGGCACCAGGGCAAGGACCGGGCGGCCACCUUCGAGGAGCUGUGCCACAACUACGCCCAUGAGCGCCUGCAGUUGCUUUCCCACCAGCAGACCUUCGUCUCCUCGCUGGCGCGGUACCGGGAGGAAGGUGUCCCUGUGCAGUUUGAUCUCCCAGAGCCCUCCCCAGGGAUCACGGUGGCCGUUGUGGACCAGAGUCCCUCCCAGGUCCGCUUGCCAGCUGGAGGAGGUGCUGACGAGGCCAGAGGCCUGUUCUGGGUGCUGGAUGAGGAGGCCCGGCUGGAAGGUUCCAGUGACAGCGUGGUGCUGGAGCGUCUGCGAGUGGCCUUUGAGAAGAAGGGAGCUGAGGCUGACGGGAGCCCAGCACUCCGGACCUGCGAGCAGCCCCUCCAGUGUGAGAUCGCCCACCAGCUGGGGCAGGACCCGGUGCGCUACGACCUCUCUGGCUGGCUGCACAAGGCCAGGCCCAACCUCUCGGCCCUAGACGCCCCCCAGGUCCUUCAGCAGUCGAAACGGGAGGACCUGAGACUCCUGUUCCAGUCCCGAGCCAAGUUGCCCCCCGUGUGCCGGGCCGUGGCGGGCCUGGAGGGCAGCUCCCAGCAGGCUCUGCAGAGAAACUGCGCUGUGAGGAGGGCGUUUGCCAGCAGCUUUGCCGCGGUGAAGAGGAAAGCCCCGUGCUCCCAGAUCAAGCUACAGAUGGAUGCGUUGAUCAGCAUGAUCAGACGGUCUCAAUUAUACUUCAUCCACUGCCUGGUGCCCAGCCCAAGGGAGGACAGCAGGAGCGGGCAGGGGUCUGCGAUGCCACUGCAGCCUGGUGGAGACAGGCCUGGGGCCAGGGGCGCCCUGCCCUUGGACAUCCCAGCACUGAGGGUCCAGCUUGCAGGGUCCCACAUCCUGGAGGCUCUGAGACUGCACAGGACAGGCUACGCUGACCACAUGGGGCUCGCUCAGUUCCGCCGGCGGUUCCAGGCGCUGGACCCACUGCUCAUGAAGAAGCUCGCCUUGGCCACCGAGAGGAUAGACGAGAGGAAGGCUGUGGAGGAGCUCCUGCAGACCCUGAAUCUGGAGAAGGCUGCGGUGGCCGUGGGGCACAGUCAAGUCUUCCUCAAAGCGGGAGUGGUCUCCAGACUGGAGAAGCAGCGAGAGAAGCUGGUGUCUCACAGCAUCGUUUUCUUCCAGGCAGCCUGCAAGGGCUUUCUGUCUCGCCAGGAAUUCAAGAAGCGGAAGAUUCACCGACUGGCCACCCAGUGCAUCCAGAAGAACAUGGCUGUGUUCCUGGCGGUCAAAGACUGGCCCUGGUGGCAGCUCCUUGGUUCCCUCCGGCCUCUGCUGAGUGCCAGCGUCGGGGAUGAGCAGCUCCGUGCCAAGGAGGAGGAACUUACAGCGUUGAGAAAGAAGCUAGAAAAAUCAGAGAAGUCACGGAAUGAACUCCGACAGAACACGGACCUGCUAGAGAGCAAGAUUGCUGACUUGACCACAGAGCUUGCCGACGAGCGCUUCAAAGGAGACUCGGCCUGCCAGGUGCUGGAGAGUGAACAGGCUGAGCGGCUGCGGGCCCUCCGGGAGGCCCAGGAGGUGAAGAGCAAGUAUGAGGAAGUUCAGAAGAAUCUGGGAGACGUGAUGAAGCAGCUGGAAGAAGCCCAGCAGAAAAUUCAGUUGAAGGACCUGGAAAGGAGUCACACAGGAGGAGCUGAUGAGUGGCAGAUGCGUUUCGACUGUGCUCAGCUGGAGAAUGAGUUCCUCAGAAAGCGUCUACAGCAAUUUGAGGAGAGGUUGGACUCCGAGUUGACCUCCAGGAAAGAGCUGGAACAGAAGUUCGGGGAGCUGCAGCACGCUUAUGAGGACACCAAGAUGGCGGCGCACCAGCUGAAGCGGAAGUGCCGCCAUCUGACCUGCGAGCUGGAGGACACGCGCCUACAGCUGGAGAGCCAGCAGAGCCGAAACCAUGAACUCGAGAAGAAGCAAAAGAAGUUUGACAUGCAGCUGGCCCAGGCCCUGGGCGAGUCUGUGUUUGAGAAGGGACUUCGCGAGAAGGUGACCCAGGAGAACACCAGUGUCCGAUGGGAACUUGGCCAGCUUCAGCAACAGUUGACGCAAAAAGAGCAGGAAACCUCACACUUGAAGCAAGAGGUGGAGAUGCUGAAGGCCCAGAAGCAGGAACUGCUGGGGUCACCCUCUCUGGGGGAAAAUUGUGUUGCUGGCUUGAAGGAGAGGCUCUGGAAACUGGAGUCCAGUGCCCUCGAGCAACAGAAAAUCCAGAGCCAGCAGGAAAAUACCAUCAAGCAGCUGGAGCAGCUCCGCCAGCGCUUUGAGCUAGAGAUUGAGCGGAUGAAGCAGAUGCACCAGAAGGACCGCGAGGACCAGGAGGAGGAGCUGGAGGAUGUCCGCCAGUCCUGCCAGAAGCGGCUCCGUCAGCUGGAAAUGCAGCUGGAGCAAGAAUAUGAGGAGAAGCAGAUGGUCCUCCAUGAGAAGCAGGAUUUGGAAGGCUUGAUUGGAACCCUGUGUGAUCAGAUUGGCCAUCGGGACUUUGAUGUGGAGAAGCGUCUCCGGAGAGACCUCAGGCGGACCCACGCGCUCCUGUCGGAUGUGCAGCUCCUGCUGGGGACCAUGGGGGAGACCGGGGCGUCCGUCGGCAAAGAGGAGCUGGAGAAAGUGCACAGCCAGCUGGAGCUGAGUGAAGCCAAGUGUGAGGAUGCACUGAAGACCCAGAAGGCUCUGACCGCAGACCUGGAGAACAUGCACAGUGAGCUGGAGAACAUGACCCGGAGCAAAAGCCUGGUGGACGAGCAGCUGCACCGGCUGCAGUUUGAGCGCGCCGACCUUCUGAAGCGCAUUGAUGAGGACCAGGAUGACCUGAACGACCUCAUGCAGAAGCACAAGGACCUCAUCGCUCAGUCUGCCACGGACAUUGGGCAGAUCCAAGAACUGCAGCUGCAGCUGGAGGAAGCCAAGAAGGAGAAGCACAAGCUUCAAGAACAACUCCAAGUGGCCCAGAUGCGCAUCGAGUACCUGGAACAGUCCACUGUGGAUCGAGCCAUCGUCAGCCGGCAGGAGGCCAUCAUCUGUGACCUGGAGAACAAGACAGAGUUCCAGAAAGUGCAGAUAAAGAGAUUCGAGGUCCUGGUGAUCCGGCUUCGGGACAGCCUGGUCAAGAUGGGCGAGGAGCUCUCACAGGUCGCCAUGUCUGAGUCCCAGCAGCGGGAGAACAGCCAGUAUUACCAGCGGCGCCUGGAGGAGCUGAAGGUGGACAUGGAAGAGCUGGUGCAGCGGGAGGCUGAGGCCAGCCGGCGGUGCAUGGAGCUGGAGAAGUACGUGGAAGAGCUCGCAGCGGUGAGACAGACCCUCCAGACAGACCUGGAGACUUCCAUCCGGCGGAUUGCCGACCUGCAGGCAGCCUUGGAAGAGGUGGCGUCUGGCGACAGCGACACAGAGAGUGUCCAGACUGCAGUGGACAGUGGCGGCCGUGGCAUGAAAGAGAUAGAUAACAUCUCCAGCCUCGGUUCCCAGCCAGAGAGCAGUCUGCAGUCCUGGUUGAGUUGCACUCUGUCCCUGGCCACAGACACCACAAGGACUCCUUCUCGGCAGUCAGCUAUCAGCAGCCACACCCUUAACGCUCGGAUAAGCGAGGAGGCCGGCGACGCUGAGAGGACCCUGAAUGCGUCCGCACGGGGCGGAGCCAGGGACGUGACGCACAAAGUCUCCGGGCAGGAGUCAUCUCCCCUCUCGCUCUGCAGCCCAAAGUACUGCCUCUCCGGGGCUGGCGAAGAGUGCGGCCCCUUGGGAAAGCCCACAGAGAGAUCAGGGACACCAUCUUCUUCCCUGGCUUCUCGAAGGACAGGCAUGUCCCCGCCGUCCAGAGAGAAGCUGCCCAGUCCUUCAGCGGCCCUGUCCGAGUUCGUGGAAGGACUUCGCAGGAAGAGAGCGCAGAGAGGCCCUGGGUCAGCUCUGGGCCUGGAGGACUGGCCCCCUGACCCCAUCUACCAGACCACCGCAGUGUCCACGCUGAGGAGGGCCAGGGCCAUCGGUGGGGAGGGGAACCUCUCCCCAAGGUCCCGGGCAAAAUCACCCCUAGAAACGGAGGGUGCCGCCGGGAGUUCGGCCGGCCUCCUGCGGUCUUCCAGCCUGAGAUGCAUCUCUUUGGAGAACACGGAGGGCACCAGCCCACCCCCAGAGAAGCUCAAGACCCGGUUCAGUUCCUGCGAGUCCCUCUUCCAGUCAGGUCCCGGCCUGGGGAGAAAACUGAGCUCCCCGGCCACCCCCAGGGACAAGCUCUUGUCCCCUACGCUAUGUCCCCGGAGGCGCUGUCUGGAGUCCUCGCUGGAUGAUGCAGGCUGCCCUGACCUCGGGAAGGAGCCUCUCGUUUUCCAGAACCGCCAGUUCGCUCAUCUAAUGGAGGAACCCCUGGACAGCGACCCAUUCAGCUGGAAGCUCCCCAGCCUCGACUAUGAACGCAAGACCAAAGUGGAUUUCGACGACUUCCUCCCUGCCAUCCGGAAGCCUGAGACGCCUGCGUCUUUGGCCAGAGAAGCCAACGAUGGACAAGACAGCUUGCGGCAUCCAGGUGUCCACUUUGAGACGGAAGAAGCAGAGCGGACCUUCCUCUCAGGGAUCAAGACCAUUUUGAAAAAGACUCCUGAGCCCAACUCCGACUCCGACUCCUCCUCCAGCUCCUUCAAGAGCACCAGCAGCAUCAAGAGCCGACCCCGAAUCCCUCGCCCAGAGGGUGAUGGUGGUGAGCGACUGUCCUCUGAGAACAGAGAGCCAGGAGCAGGGAGGAAAGACGAGGAUGUUGAGAGCAUCAUGAAGAAGUAUCUCCAGAAGUAG